UUGUAUUUUUUCUACAGUCUUCCCUUUCCCCCAACUUUCUUCUACCAUUCUCGCUUCUUCAACCUUUUGCUUCCAACUUCAAUAACUCUCCACCACUAUGCAUCACUCAAGUAUCUACUCUCAAUGGACGCUAUUCUAAACCUCAUGUUCGCUAUCAAUUUUCUCAUCAAACAACCAAUCGUAUUUCUCGCGAAUUCUAAAACCUCCAAAUCUUGAAAUAAUGGCGGUUUCCGAAGAAGAAUGCUCUUCUGUCAAGUCAGGUUCUCCUUCUUCUUCUUCCCCAUCCUCUUCUCCGCGCUAUUAUCUCUCCAAGUGCGUCCUCAGAGGAAGCGCGGUUCUACAAGUCCUCUACGCUAAUCUUCGUUCUCCAUCCUCCAACGACGUCGUUUUCGGCAAGGAGACAUCUAUAGAGUUGGUGGUGAUUGAUGAGGAUGGGAAUGUACAAACUGUCUGUGAUCAGCCUGUUUUUGGCAUCAUUAAAGAUCUUGCCGUAUUGCCGUGGAAUGAGAAAUUCCGUGCUCGUCGCCCACAGACUCAAGGCAAAGACCUCUUGGUUGCUUUAUCUGAUUCCGGAAAGCUGUCAUUGCUCACAUUUUGCAAUGAAAUGAACAGAUUUUUUCCUAUAACACAUGUUCAACUAUCUAAUCCUGGUUUCAUGAGGGAUAUUCCAGGAAGAAUGCUGACAGUUGAUUCCAGUGGUUGCUUUAUUGCUGCCAGUGCAUAUGAAGAUAGGUUGGCUCUGUUUUCAAUGUCCACGUCAAUGACUGGGAGUGAUAUCAUUGAUGAGAGAAUAAUAUAUCCCUCUGAAAGUGAAUGGACUGCAAGUACUUCCAGAACCAUGGAGAAAACCAGUAUAAGCGGUACUAUUUGGAGUAUGUGCUUUAUUUCACUGGAUUUCCGACAAUCAAGCAAUGAGCAUAAUCCUGUAUUAGCUAUUAUUCUAAAUAGGAGGGGGGCUGCUCUAAAUGAAUUGCUUUUAUUGGAAUGGAAUGUUAAAGCACAUACAAUCUCUGUUAUUUCUCAGUAUGUUGACGCCGGACAUCUAGCACAUAGCAUUGCUGAAGUUCCCAACUCUUCGGGACUUGCAUUUCUAUUCCGGGCUGGUGAUGUUCUGUUGAUGGAUUUUAGAGAUCCUCACAAUCCAUUAUGUGUCUACAAGACUUGCUUGAACGUUUUACCCUUUGCAAUAGAAGAGCAGACUUAUAUGGACGACUCUUGUAAAUUGCACGAUCUUGAUGAUGAAGGCUUCAGUGUUGUCGCCUGUGCUUUGUUGCAGCUUAGCGAUUUUGAUCCUAUGUGCAUUGACAGUGACAGUGGCAAUACUAAUUCUGGUCCCAAGUACAUAUGCUCCUGGAGUUGGGAACCUGAAAAUCAUAAAGUUCCUAGGAUGAUCUUUUGUGUAGACACUGGAGAGUUUUUUAUGAUUGAAGUUUUUUUGGACUCUGAUGGUCCUAAAUUCAGUCUCUCCGAGUGUCUCUAUAAAGGUCUACCUUCUAAAGAACUUUUGUGGGUUAAGGGUGGUUAUCUAGCAUCAAUGGUAGAAAUGGGGGACAGCGUGGUCCUGAAAUUGAGAGAUGGAAGACUAUCCUUUAAAAAUCUUAUUCAAAAUAUUUCACCAAUCUUCGAUGUGGCAGCUGGGGAUUAUCAUGAUGAGAAGCAUGAGCAAAUGUUUGCUUGCUGUGGUGUGACACCUGAGGGGUCAUUAAGGAUUAUUCGAAGUGGUAUCAAUGUAGAGAAGCUACUUAGAACCCCUUCUACUUAUGAAGGGGUAGCUGGUACUUGGACUGUUCGAAUGAAAAUUACGGAUUCAUAUCAUUCUUUUCUAGUUCUAUCAUUUCUUGGGGAGACCAGAAUAUUGUCAGUUGGCUUAAGUUUUACUGAUGUGACUGAUUCUGUUGGUUUCCAACCUAAUGUCUGUACUUUGGCAUGUGGCCUUGUAAGUGAUGGUUUGCUUGUUCAGAUUUACCAAUCUACUGUUAAGCUUUGUUUGCCUACUAAGGAUGGUCAUUCUGAAGGCAUCCCUUUGUCUUCUCCUAUUUGCACAUCUUGGUCCCCAGACAAUCUGAAUAUUAGUCUGGGAGCAGUUGGGCAUAAUUUCAUAGUUGUGUCAACUUCUAACCCAUGUUUUUUGUUUAUCCUUGGGGUUAGAGUGCUAUCAGGUUAUCAAUAUGAAAUUUAUGAAAUGCAACAUUUGGAACUGCAGAACGAAUUAUCAUGUAUUUCCAUCCCUAGACCUAUGUAUGGGAAAAAACAAUCAAAUUCAUCCAUUUCAGAAAAUAAUAGCUCAACUGCCUCUUUUGUAAGCGGAGUGGACAUCAAUAAAACAUUUGUUAUUGGCACCCAUAGGCCUUCUGUGGAAAUUUGGUCUUUUGAUCCAAAUGGUGGAGUCACGGUAGUUGCUUGUGGUACAAUUUCAUUAAAAAGUACAAUGGGGACUGCUAAAAGUUUUUGCAUACCUCAAGAUGUACGACUUGUAUCUGUUGAUAAGUAUUAUGUUCUUGCUGGAUUGAGGAAUGGGAUGCUCCUUCGCUUUGAAUGGCCAACAGAGUCGUCUCAUUCAUCAUCAAUAAACGUGGUGGACACUGCAUUAUCUUCUAUAAAUUUGGUAAAUUCUAUGGCCAUGGCUAUCAACGUGAGAAAUAACCUUCCUUGCAUGCUUCAACUGAUUGCCAUUCGUCGCAUUGGCAUUACUCCAGUUUUCUUGGUGCCCCUGGAUGACACACUUGAUGCUGAUAUAAUUGCACUGAGUGAUAGAGCUUGGUUGUUGCAUAGUGCAAGACACAGCAUUUCCUAUACUUCUAUCUCAUUUCAACCAUCUUCACAUGUAACUCCUGUUUGCUCUAUUGACUGUCCAAAAGGAAUAUUGUUUGUUGCUGAGAACAGUUUGCAUCUGGUGGAGAUGGUCCACAGCAAGAGACUUAAUAUGAGGAAGUUUCAUUUAGAGGGCACUCCACGGAAAGUCCUGUAUCACAACGAAAGUCGGAUGUUACUUGUUAUGAGGACUGAACUGAGUAUUGGUACAUGUCUGUCUGACAUAUGUUGUGUGGAUCCCCUAAGUGGGUCAGUAGUAUCUUCUUUUAGACUAAAACUCGGAGAAACAGCAACUUCCAUGGAAUUAAUUAGGUUUGGAAGUGAGCAGGUGCUUGUGGUUGGAACUAGUCUGUAUUCUGGUCCACCCGUAAUCCCCAGCGGUGAAGCUGAGAAUGCUAAGGGGCGUCUUCUUGUUCUCUGCCUUGUUCAUGUGCAAAAUUCAGAUUGUGGUUCAAUGACCUUCUGUUCGAAGGCAGGGUCAUCAUCUCAAAAAACUUCACCUUUCAAUGAAAUUGUUGGGCAUGCUCCUGAACAGCUAUCAAGCAGUAGCCUUGGCAGCAGCUCUGAUGAUAAUAGCUCCGAUGGCAGCAAACUUGAUGAAAAUGAAAUUUGGCAGUUCCGAUUAGCUUGUGCAACUACAUGGCAUGGAGUAGUACAGGCCAUCUGUCCUUAUCUUGAUCGCUAUUUUUUGGCAUCUGCUGGCAAUACUUUCUAUGUCUGUGGUUUCCCAAAUGACACUCCGCAAAGAGUGAAAAGGUAUGCCGCAGGAAGGACGCGUUUCAUGAUAAAAUCUUUGACUGCAUAUGUUGGUAGAAUUGCAGUUGGUGAUGUUCGUGAUGGUAUCCUUUUCUUUUCUUACCACGAGGAAGCAAAAAAACUGGAGCAACUUUACGGUGAUCGAUCGCUUAGGUUGGUUGCUAAUUGCCUUCUCAUGGAUGAUAAUACGGCUAUUGUUUCAGAUCGUAAAGGAAGCAUAGCUGUUUUGUGCUCAGAUCAUUUGGAAGCACCAAAUAAUGUAAGGUCGGAAUGCAAUUUGAGUAUAAGCUGUGCUUAUUUCAUGGCGGAGAUAGCUGUGAGCAUCCAAAAGAGCUCAUAUUCAUACAGACUUCCAGCUGAUGAUGUGUUGUCAGGUGGCAUUGGUUUUGGCCCGAAGACAAAUGUUGACGACUCACUACAAAAUAUUGUUCUUGCUUGUACUCUGCUAGGAAGCAUAAUGAUCUUCAUCCCUUUAUCAAGAGAGGAAUAUGAGCUCUUAGAAGCUGUGCAGGCAAGGCUUGUUGUCCAUCAUUUGACUGCACCUGUUCUUGGAAACGAUCAUACUGAGUUUCGGAGCCGUGAAAAUCCAGCUGAAGUACCAAAGAUACUUGAUGGGGACAUGUUGACUCAGUUUCUGGAGCUUACGAAUAUGCAGCAAAAUAGCAUUUUAUCUUUGGAACCACCUGAAGAUAUGGUAAAACCAAGUUUGAAGCCACUCCUUACCCAAUAUUCUGUCAACCAAGUCAUUCAACUUCUUGAACGAGUUCAUUAUGCACUGAACUAAACACUCUUCCUGUAUGUGGGAAGCAGAAUAUAUGUACAAUAUGCAGUGCAGUUCUAAUCAGUAUUGUCUGUUGUGAGUGGUUGCCUGCCUUGCUGUGCGUUGUCGAAUAUUAAACAGUAACUUAUGGUUGCGGUUGGGGAAUGGUCGGCAAUCAAUGUAAUGUUAUGUCUUGGACAGCAGCUGAGAAGUCAGCAUAACGAUUGGGAGACAGGUCUUUUCUGAAGAAGAGUCUGUCAGUCUGUUUGUUGUAGUGUUCAUAAAUUACAUCGUUAGGAAAAGAAAAGGUGUUUAGGGCAAUAAGUUGUACAUUGGUGAAAUCAGUUUUCUUUUUUUGGUAGAUGUUUUUUUUAGUAAAAGUUUUGAACGGUAACGGUGUAUAUUCAAUAAGUAGUACAGUAGUCUCUCACAUCUUACUCUUAA